CGUGGUCAUACAUAUGCAAAGGACAGUUACAUAUUUUUAAAUCAGGAUGAAUACGGAGAAAAGGUAUUCGUACUGAAAAUUAAGCUUUUAGUAUAUACACACUCAUUGAAGCAUCUAAUUGUAUACGGUGAAAAACUUGUUGCUGUUGAUAUCCAUGAAAAAGGACUUCUACAAAUUUUGGAUAAUUGUCACUAUGAAACAAUUAUUAAAAACGUUGAUGAUUUUAUAGAUAGCACGCCUAUCACGGUUCUCCGCGAAAACGAACAAUAUCUUUUUAUAAAACACGCAUUACCUAUAGUUUAAGGAAAAAGUUAUUGCUGAUGGUUAGAAUCAUCAUGGAAUACACUAUUUUUAAAAUAUGCGAUUCAUCACGCAAUAUCCGAUUGGCUAUUCCAGCGUUACCAGAUGUUUUAAGUUUACUUGAGCAAGGAACAAUUGCUUUCGGAAAAAAGUCGAUUUAAUCGUCACAGAAUCAGAUGGAUGCCGAAUUACAACUGAAUUAGCGUUACUUGUAUUCCAAAACACUAUGCUAAUGCUACUCUCAAGGGAUGAAUUCUGGACUCCAAGCUUUCCGUCCGAAAAACAGCCAAAUCCGAGCUGUAUGUCUCCAAAAGCUAUGACGCAAAAUGAGACUGUUCAACUUGAAAAAUUUUGCGACGAGAAUCAAACAAGUUUAUAUCUGGAGACAUCUUUUACGGAAACGAGAAAUGCGAAGCGAGUCGAAAUUCCGACAGCUUCAACUCAUUCUGAUUGCGAAAUUUCUACUGAUACGGCACUAGAUGUUAUAUCUGAAAAUGUAAAUGAUAUUAGUGUAACAGAAAUAUAUGAUGAAACGAUUUUUGCGGUAGGUCUAAAUGAGGAGAACAUUUCGCCGAAUAUAAAUCCAGAUGAACCAACGAAUAAAAUUGUUUUAAAAAAAAGUCACAAGAAGCAUGCUUCAAUAGAAAUGAAGUUUAGGUGCUUUGUAAUCAAUUGGGAUAAAGUGAGUGAUAAAGUUAUUCAACGCCUGAACAAUCUGCAAGCGUUCAAGGAUAAUAAUCCCAAAGUGGCCGUGCCAUGUAGUAUUCGAUUCUCGAAAACGGACUUGAACGAUCUCGUGAAUGUUGUUGUUGAUCAAUUGAGAAUGAUUGACACUCAGAUUGCAGCCAAAACAAUGGAAUCCGUAGCAAAAAUGAUUUUCACCAAAUUCCCGUGUCUCGAUUUUGAGGACGAUGAUGGUUUUGGUGGAGGAAACGGUCAUAUCGCUUUAAAAUAUAAAAUGAUAAACCGUAACACCUAUCUUAACAGGUUCAAAGACCCUAAUAUUCCGCACAUUUCAUCUGGUCAAACAAGAAGGAGAAGUAACAUUAGAGCAGGCACUGUAAAGGAGUAUUGGGAAAAAUCGACGAAAGAUUGUGCUUCGGAUGUUUUAUCAAAACUACUGCGAAAUGAACCGGACUUACUCACCCCAAGUUUUUUAAUUGAAACACAAGCCUACAUUCGCAAUCGCAUAGAUGAAAAUAAAAAAAUGUCGACUCUUAUAAUGGAUUUUCCUGUUUUACGUCGUCGUAAACUGGUUUACUACCAUUUUGAACAAUGCACUGGAAUAGAUGCAAAAUCACUAGAAAACUACUUUCUAAUGAAGAGACAAAAAAUUAUCAGUUUUUCUAAAACGCGACCAAAAAAGUUACACCUCACAGAGGCGUGUACGGACAUCCAAAUCUUUCAAUUUUUAUGCAGUCUUGUUGGGGAUGAAUGGAGUGAGCUCCUGUGUGUCAAAGAGUUAGGAACACGCUUGGAAGGCAUCGUGACUUAUUCACCAAGCCCUAUGUUGGUUGAAAUAGAUAUGGGCAAUACAAGUAUGUAUCACGUAUAUGCAGAAGAAACGCGUUUAUCAGAAGGAACAGCGCAAAUCAAAUGCGCCUUAAUGGAUCUACUGGCCGUUUACUACGUGCAUAAUUUUAUGUAUAAAAAAACAAUUUCGAAAUUUUUGGAAUUUAUUCAACAAUAUUUUUGUAAAAUAAUAUCAUUCGAAGGAUCAAAGUCUCAAGCUGUCAGAAUUGGGCGACAACAACGCAUUGUUAACAAAAUAAUCAAAGCAAUUUCAAAUCAUGUCGUUGAAUAACCUAAUUUAAGGUUGUUACAUGUUAACCAAAUUUAAUCUGUAUCUAAGCAAAAGAA